GGCCCCUUCCCACCAGGCUAGGUAGCUGGGUAGGUACCUACACCAACCUAAAACCUUCUCCGGUCCUUGGUAUAAUUCCGGCUACAAACCCUGAGAGUGUAUUUCCCGAUCAGGUUUUUGUUGGGCAACUCUCAAACAAACUUUGCGAGACAUUAACCCCGGUGUGAAUCUUCAUCGAUUUCACUGGCGGAGAGGUAAACUGAUAGCAUCCGUAAAGGAUGUGGAGAGUGCCCGGACGCUUGUUCGCCGGGGCAUCUACAUAGUGUGCGGGGAAUCCCGCAGCGCCAUGUACUCGGACGUCGCAUAAGUUCCGGCUCUCUUGCAGUGGAGCAGAAGGCGCCGUUAACUAACGAGUCUCCCAGGCCGACCAAUUUGGCACACUUCGAUCUCUUCUGCUACAGAUGCUUCGCGCCGGGCCACUUUCCAAGAUCAAUGCAAAAACCCUCGGGCUUGUGGGAGAUGUGCAGAGACGCACGAGAACAACAUCGCCGACUGCAAAAACCCCCGCCAAAUGCGUGAAUUGUUGGAAGUAUUAUAAGGUCGGGCCCCCCACGAAGAGAGGUAAACUACCCUGGGACCACGAGGCAUGGAGUUACGACUGUACAUUUCCUGGCACUGUCAAAAUGCGACGAGGUUUGAAAAUGGCGGUUUCGUGGGCGGAUGACCUGCCCGUGCCCAAGUCUGCGCAGGCCCCGAUACCCUUCCGAGCCGGAACUAGCGGUAAGGCGUCGUGCACAAGGACAGACAAGCAGUACACUAACAGGAGUCGCAUAGUACGCAAGCCUUCCAACAAAUCCACCGUGCCGCAGCCGCCCAAGGCGACGCAGUGCCAAAGCACGUCGACCAAAACCAAGAAGAGGCAAUCUCUGUUCAACCUCUCGACGUCUGGCACCCGGCCCGUGGAGACGACGACAGGUGCCGCCGCCAGCGACCGUCCGAUGAAAGGCAACAGGAACGCCGGGGGCGAGAAAGAUGUCCCAAGCAAACGGAGUGGUGUUGCUGGUCCGAUGAGCAGCGAUGCCAGGCAAUCUCCGGUUGCUAACGCAGAACCAUCCGCUUCCAGUCAGCCAACAUCAGCGUCCAAGGUGCCUACCCUCCCGUUAUUCUCCUUCUCUGCCCCGGGCGUUAAGCCGAUGCCUCUCGGCCCGAGAGGGACUGGCCCGAGGGAGACUGGCCCGAGAGAGACUGACAAUGAUGGUUGGAUCUCUUGCUCUGAUAAUGACACAGAUUCCGAGACUCCCAGCAUUCUCGACAUGCCGGCUGGCUUCGAGACUCCAGUCUCGGAUUCUCGGUCCCGGGCUGUAUCAGUCUCGUCGAGAACUAACCCGCGCAAGAGAUCACGGUCAUCCGAUUCCGAUUCCCUCCCCUCUCCGCGUGAGCCCAACUUAGAGGCACUUUCCUACCUGGUCAUCAGUUCAAAGUCGCAGAAUAAGGAGCCAGCCAAGCGGGGAAGAGGUCGCCCUCGUACGGCCAUCAGAUCCUUUAGGGCAUAGGAGGAAGCAGUGGGAAGGAGUAGAUGAAUUCUAAGGAAGGGGGGGGGCGAUUUUUUUUUUAGGAGAGGUUUGUAUGCUACUAUUUAAUGGCAAAGGG